AUGUUCUCGCCUGCUAUAAAGAAGAGUCUUACUGUUGCUGCUGCUGGUGCUGUUUGGGCAUCUACUGCGACCACUGCCUUUGCUGAAGAAAAGAGAACAAAGCUCAGUAUUUAUGACGAGCCUGAACCACAAGUUGUCAUUGUUGAAUCACCUACCAAGCUGGAGGAGCACGUUUACAUUGCCCAAAAGUGUGCUAAUGAUACCUUGGAGAAAGGAAAGAGCCAUAUUGAAGGAUGGACUCAAAAAUACCAGCAAUUGGAAAAUGAUAUUACCACAAGCAUCAGCAACACAAUUGACAAAAAUGAAGAAAUCUAUCCUAAUAUCUUGUAUGUUGGUGUUGCUGCAUUAGCCGGUACUAUCAUUGCACGUAACAGAAAUGUCGUUCUUCGCUUUUUGACUUCAACCACAUUGGCGGUUGGAACAUCAUACUACUUACUUCCUAAAACAACCACCAACGUCUAUCAUCAGCUUGAAAGAUUGGAGAGAAAAUAUCCUCAACUUCAAGCAGCUCACCAGACUGUUAAGGGCACAGUUGAUGAUGUUUAUAAACAGAUUGACAAUACUGUCGUACAAUUACGUGGUGCUGUUGAUGAAAAUGCCGCCAAGUUACGUGAACAGAUUCAACAAAAUACUCAAUUUGUAAAGAGCCAAGUCAACAACACUGUCGGUGCUACAAGCUCAGAAGCAAAAGAUAAGUUUGAAGAAGCAAAGAAGAAGGUCGAAAGCAUGUACUCAACAAGAUCCAAUCCUGGUGUUGAAGAAACACUGAAAAAGAACAACUAA